AUGGGUUUAAGAGAUCCAGAUUUGGAUUAUGAGGAAAAAGCAGAUCUUAAGAUAUUCGAAAAAGAAAAAAUUUUAAAUCCAUCAAGUUGGAAUGAAAAUAAUUUUAAUAAUUAUUUUAAAGAUAUAAAUGUCAUGACUUAUAAAUCAUCAUUUAAAGAUAAUGAAAAAGUUAAACAAGAAAAAUUUAAACUUUCUUCAUGGGAUAAAAAUUAUGAACGUAUUCUAGAUGAAAAAAUUAAAAAAGCUUUGAAUGAUCCAGAAUUAGAUAAAGAAGAGAAACAAGAUCUUAUUAUGUUUGAAAAAAGAAGAGUAUUCAACCCAAUAUUAUGGAAUAGUUAUAAUUUCAAUAAAUAUUUUAGUGAUAUUGAUGUUGCGACUUAUAGAACAUAUUUUAAAGAUAAAAAAAGAAUUAUAGAAUUUAAAACAUCAAACGGAAAUACAAAUUAUAAUUACAUUCUGAGAAACAAGAUUGAAGAUGCUUUACGUGAUCCAGAAUUGGAUGAAGAAGAGAAAGUAGAUCUUAGACGAUUCAGAAAAAAAGGAAUUUUUAAUUUAUCAUCAUGGAAUGAAAAUAAUUUUAAAAAACAUUUUGGUGAUAUAGAUGUUAAAACUUGUGCAACAUUUAAUGAAUAUAAAUU